GGACGCACGCACUUUUACGCUUUACGCACAAUCACUCGCUGGCCGCUCUUUUGCGCUUUAAGGCAUCAAAAUAAAGGAAAUCAGCUGAUGCUUUGCGGUUUGGAGAGUCGGUUUCCUGAGCAGUAGGAGGAGGACUGUGCUCGGAUUUUCACUUUUUUUGUGAAUGGAGAUGAGUCGCGGGUAAAAAAAAAAAAAAAAAUCUGUUCAUCGCUUUUAAGAGAAGAGCUGUCACUCUCCCACCUGUUGGCAGGUGGUGUUGGCUUUACCCGCGGACAUCUACUAUGACAUUGGGUUUGGAAAUCAUGGAGGAUAUCGUUAUCGACGUGGUAGGGGAAGGACUCAAAGAUAACGUAGAGGAGCAACUCUUACCUUUGGCUGAGUCGCGGAGCGAGCAGGACCGCGGCACGGAGACUUCCAGCAGCCAGAGUAAAGACCGGAACGUCUACAGCCCUGCACCGGCGUGUGCGCCUCCUGCUAAAACCAAAGGUCCCUCGUCGGUGAAGCCUCCAUACUCGUACAUCGCGCUGAUAACCAUGGCCAUACUGCAGAGUCCGAAGAAACGGCUCACCCUCAGCGAGAUCUGUGACUUUAUCAGCCACCGCUUCGUGUAUUACCGGGAGAAAUUCCCCGCCUGGCAGAACUCUAUCAGACACAAUCUGUCGCUCAAUGACUGCUUUGUAAAGAUGCCCAGAGAGCCCGGGAACCCCGGGAAGGGCAACUACUGGACUCUGGAUCCCAACUCCUCGGACAUGUUUGAGAACGGGAGUUUUCUGCGGAGGAGGAAGCGCUUCAAGCGGCAGCAUUUUCGCUUCGACCCGCUCAAGGAGCAGCACCUGGAGCCCAGCGGACUGCACGGCUUCCCGCACGGUGCCUACGGGCUUGGCACGGCGGCUUUGCAGCUGCCCAGUCUGGAGAUUUACCCCUACCUCCACCACCAUGCGCCGUCGCCGUGCGGCCCCGCCACCAUCCCACCUGUCAGCAGCAUCCUGCCGGCUCUGUCCAGCUUCUUCUCCCGCAGCGCCCUCUCCGCCAAAGCUUUCCUCCAGUCACAGCCCGGCAUCGAAGCCUUCUCCCCGGCCCAAUGUACUGCUUACUCCUCUCCUCUGACCUCCAGCGCUGCCUACGCUUCCCCCGCGCUCUUCCACCCGGCGGCGGCUCCGCACUUCCUCAGUUUACACCAGGAGUAUCAAAAACUACAGACUCAGCGUGGCACCGUGGACCUGGCCAAACACAUCCACACUGCUAACAAUGAGUAAUCACGUUAAGUCGGACUUUGAACUCGUGUUUUCUCAGGUAACAGAGACAAUUUAAGCAGAGGCUCACAAAUUUCUCCAACGAUGGAAAGUGGAUGGAUCUGUUUUAAAGAAUGUUGUAGAUAUGUUUUUAAAAAAAACUCUCCCUCCUUCUUUCCCUUUAUCGCAAAAAAAAAAUCUUUUAGCAGGCGCCUUUUUUAAAAAAAUGUUCUUGAAUUAUCAUCUUUUGUUUAAAUAUUUAA